UCCGUACUCGUAGGGAUAAACAAUUGACUAGAGAGAUAUGAUGUGGGCUUUUACCAUAAUACCCUCGGAUUUGUACAAGUCUGGAGUUUCAACCGUAAACAAAUUAGUCCCAACAAAUCCCCAUCCGCUUCGUUACAGAAAUGGAUGACGAGAAACGAAGUCAAAUCAACGCCACCAAGUCAGGUCGGCUCGCCACCGCCGACGCCGGCUCCGGCGCCGCCGACUGGGCGGAGCUAACCAACGAGUGCCUCGUCAACAUCUUCUCCCGCCUUUCCUUCGAGGAACGAUGGCGAGGCGCUAUGCGCGUGUGCAAGGCUUGGAAUCAAGUCUGCCAGGAUCCGUGCCUCAACUCGGUGAUUGACCUCGAUUACCACUUCGAUUCCGCCGGUGAGUUGCCCCGAUUCUGGAAUCCCGAGUUCGAGCGCAGGAUCGAUAAUAUGCUCCGAUCCGUCGUCGUUUCGAGUGCAGGCUGCCUCUCUCAGAUCCGCCUCAGGCACUGCUCCGAUCGAUCGCUCUCGUUGGUUGCGAAAAUGUGCCCGAAUCUUGAAGUUCUUUCUAUCAAGAGCUCUCCUAACGUAACCGAUGCAACUAUGGACGAAAUAGCACACAGAUGCCCCAAAAUUAAGGAGCUUGACAUAAGCUACUGCUACGAAAUAUCCCACAAAUCUUUGAUUGUCAUAGGAUCUAAUUGUCUGAAUCUUCGUAAACUUAAACGGAACUUAUUGAACUGGUUGGAUCCUUCGCAACAUAUAGGAACCGUCCCAAACGAGUACCUCAACGCCUGCCCUCAAAAUGGGGAUUCUGAAGCUGCUGCCAUCUCGAAAUUUAUGCCUCGACUUCUUCAUCUCGAACUUUGCUUCUCCAAAAUGACGGCUAAAGGGCUCGCCCUAAUUUCCGAAGGGUGUCAGAAUUUGGAGCAUUUGGAUUUAUCGGGAUGUGCGAAUGUGACUAGUAGAGAUAUCGCCAAGGCUGUGCUGAGUUUGAAGAAAUUGAAAACUAUCAAGAAACCCAACUUUUAUAUACCGAGGUCCGUUUAUAAUGCAGAAAGGUACGGUCAUUGGAAUAUGUACGAUGAGCGUUUUCAAACUGACGUGUUCAGAAUUUGAUCGUAUGGGGAAAAUGAUUAGUGGUGAAAUUAUAUUGUCAAUAGAAUAUAUCUUGUGUGUGUUUAUUUGUCAAGGUACGGUGGAACUGUCACAGGCUGUAAAAUAAAAAACUAUGUUACUAUUUGAAUGUAUAUAUAUUGUAUGGCUUGCUAUUUGGACCCAGGUUUUGGAA